UUAUAUUUGUCAGAAUUUAUUUCAUUUCGAGUAAAUAUUUGGCGAAGAAGUUUGUGUCAAACAAUGGGUCUUAGACUAAUGAUAGCCAUAGUGUUGGCGGCGUCGAUGGGUUUGGUGUCCACGGAUAUGAUGCGGAAGUCCAUUGUGUUUGACUCGAAGACACCGAAAGUCUUCUACUGUCCGCAGGAGAAGCCCAUAGAUAUGUCGAAAAUGAUAGUGAAAGCCAUACCUCUGGAGAAACUGUGCGAAUACGGACCAAAUGGGUUGCCAAAGAAAGCCAGAUCUGACUGUUAUAAUGAUAUCGAUGAGAGUGAAUAUGCCUGCGCUGAGAAGCAACGCAUCGAGGUAUGUGUCACACCAUUCAUACCACAC